CUCGAUCUUAGAAAGAGAGCCGGGCGACCACGUGGUCUGUUUCACACGUCACAUUGUUAUCCAUUUGUGUGUUUUAUAUAAGAGACUCAAGGAGUUGUAGUUUAUUAGUUUUGUGAUAAAUAUUCGUUUUAUAGCUUGUAAUUACAGUAAUAAAGUGUUACAAUGACAAUUAGCCCUUGAGAGAAUAAGGAGGGUAAUUUUGUUGCGGUAGUAGGGGGAUGGCAACACUGGGCCCCGAGUCGGGGGAGAGAGCCAGUAGUGUCAGACCGAGCGCCUGGGCCUCCGCUUCGCCCCUUUCCUUUCUGUUUUUUCUCAUCACAUUUUCAUAGAGUCACAUCUUUCAUCCUCAAAUUUUUCUAUAAUAGACCGAUAUUAAAAAUUGAAGGUCUCGGCAGCCCCGUACCCCCUCAACCCGCGAUAACCGACCACCAGGAUGCGAAAAGCGAAGGCCCAGACAUAACCUUUACGGGUGACGCCCUUAUUUUCCCAUCACGCGAACAAAAACUAGUUUCGGACACGUAGAAUUUUAAUUAUUUAUUUAUUUUUUAUCAUAUUUUUAAACCCCCCCACACACAUAUUGAGUUUUUCACCGAACCAUUUAUGUCAAUCUACACCCAUUUCCUCAUGUCCCAACGGAAUUUCAACGGUCCUCGGCCAGGAAAGAAGAACUUUUUCAGUGGAGGUGGCACCCGAUUGGUCGUUUCAGGGCUUCCACCUCACCUGAGGCCAGAAGACUUCGAACCACUCUUAUCACAAUACGGCCAAGUACAUUCAUGCGAGAAGGUUAACUCUCGAGAUCCCCAAACAGCAACAAUCAUUGUCACAUAUGAUACUCCCGAUCAGGCACAACAUGCCAUAAGCGAACUCAACAAUACAGAAUAUGAAGGAUCAUUCUUAAAAGUGGAGCUCCAAGGUAACCAGGAAAGGAGAGGUCCCGGCGGCGGUCGUGCGGGCGGCCGGGGACCUAGAGGGUUCGCGAUGGGAGGCGGCGCCAGGCAGACGGACUUCCCUCUCAGGAUCUUGGUGCAGUCUGACAUGGUCGGAGCGAUCAUUGGUAGACAGGGUUCGACCAUCCGCCAGAUCACUCAGCAGUCAAGAGCGAGGGUGGAUGUCCAUCGCAAGGAUAAUGUUGGCUCGUUAGAGAAGGCUAUCACAAUUUAUGGAAACCCAGAAAAUUGUACGAAUGCUUGCAAGAGGAUCCUUGAAGUGAUGAAACAAGAAGCAACGACAAACAAUAAGGGUGAAAUUACUUUAAAAGUUUUGGCCCAUAAUAACUUGAUUGGUCGUAUCAUUGGCAAGGCUGGAAACACCAUUAAGAGGAUCAUGCAAGAGACUGAUACAAAGAUCACAGUUUCAAGCAUAAAUGACAUUAACAGCUUUAAUUUGGAACGGAUCAUCACUGUUAAAGGAUCUAUUGAAAAUAUGUCUAAAGCAGAAUCUAUGAUCUCAGCUAAAUUGAGGCAAAGUUAUGAAAAUGAUCUUCAAGCAAUGGCACCUCAGAGUAUGAUGUUCCCUGGACUACACCCGAUGGCCAUGAUGGCAACUUCUGCAAUGGGUUAUGGUGGGCGAGGUGGAGGCUACCAAGGCGGCCUCUAUUCCGGAGCCUACCCUCCUGUCUACCAGCCCAUUCCACCCGCCUCCCAUGCUCCCGAUGCGCAGGAAACCACAUACCUGUACAUCCCAAAUAACGCAGUCGGAGCCAUCAUAGGAACGAAAGGCUCGCACAUAAGAAAUAUGAUCCGAUUUUCCGGAGCCUCGGUGAAGAUCGCCCCCCUCGAGGGUGAGAAGGCCAGUGAUGCUGCACAACCGGCCGAGAGGAAGGUUACCAUCGUGGGAUCACCCGAGUCUCAAUGGAAGGCGCAAUAUCUCAUCUUUGAGAAAAUGCGCGAGGAAGGGUUUGUAUCUGGAUCUGAUGAUGUUCGGUUGACUGUCGAAAUACUCGUUCCAUCAUCACAAGUUGGACGAAUCAUCGGCAAAGGUGGCCAGAAUGUGAGGGAGCUACAAAGAGUGACAGGCAGCGUGAUUAAACUGCCAGAACAAGUCUGCCCAGAGGAGAAUCCGCGCAAUGGUCGGUACCGGCGCGGGAGGCCCACGGCCGCCAGCACCCGGUGGCCCCCGCCCAGGGCCGCAGCCACAGCAGUAAGCAGCGGGGAGCGUCCAAGAGAGGAGCCAAGCCAAAGACAUGUAGGGGGCCUCCAUCAACCUCGAGAAAAAUUAUCUACCUCCUUACCUUUAGGGUCUUAAAAAAAUUAUAUAUUUAAAAAAAAAAGAAAACGAUUUUAAUAAUAAUUAUUAAUGAUAAUGAUUGCUAUAUAUAUUAUAUUAUAUACGAAUAUUUAAGGGAUAUAAAAAAAAUUAAUUAAAAAAAAGUGUAGUUCUCGAAAGAGAUUCGAAUAGGGCAAAGUGAGCGUGGGGGGAAGUGUUUAGCCAACGCCUGCCCUAUCGGUAAAUCAAAUUUAUUUUUGAUACAUUGUUAUCUUCGAGCGUCGAUUGUGACUCCUAUCGGUUUCUUUUGUUUUUUGUUUGUUGAAUUUUUUGAUAAAUUUUUAAAAUUUAAAAAAAAAAUUUGACUCAUCUUUUUUUUUUUAAAUUUUAUAUAUAUUAUUAUUAUUAUUUCUUUAUUUCUAUGAAAUCUUUUUUUGUUUUCUUUUUCCCGUUGAUGGGAAAAAAACAUUAGUGAUUGUAAAUUUUUUAAAAUGAAAAAAAAUUUUUUUAAAAAAAAAAGAGAGAGAAUUUUUUAAAAAAUUUUAUUAAAUUUAUAUUGAGAGAGAAAGACGUAAUUUUUUAUGACUUUUUUAAAUAUAAUAAAUAAAAAAAAAUUUGUGUGGCGCGUAGUGUUUUUAGCUGCGUUGGAAACAAGGAGAGUCAUUAUUAGCAAUUUCUUAUACCUGUGUGUACGUACCUUUACAUAUAACAUCAAGUACAAUCAGAAUAAUUUAUAAAAGUUUUGUAUGUAUCAUUGCGUACACAUUUGUAUAAUAUAUAAAUGCAAUAGCUCCACCAUCUAAUACAUUUUGACUCCUCAACCAAAAACCGCUGAAAGCCUCAUGGAAAAUUAAAUAUUUAAUUUAAAUUAUAAAAGUACUAAAUUAAUAAAACUUAAUUAAACAAAAAAAUUGUCUUGAAUUUGCGAUAAAAAUUUAAUAUAAACGCUUUCGCGUAAAAUAAAAACCCUCCCAAUCGUAAUUUAUAAAUUAAUAUAACCACUCUCUCAGUGAAUAAUACAUUUUAAAACUUAUAUUUAAAAACAUGGUGUACAUCCUCCUAUAAUUGUAAAUUCACAAAAAUACAAAAUUACAAUUAGGUUAUAAACACAAUCACGUUGUCUACUUUUGUCUUCUUUUUUCGUUCUUUUUUAUUUUUUAUCUUUAAAUAUUAGUAAGUAGAAAAUAAACCGACAGGAAAGAGUUAAAACAACAACUAAAAAACUACACUGAAAACAAUUACAAUUAAUAAUUGAAGUAUCAUUAAAAUAAUUUUUAAAACCCCCAUAAACAUUAUAAAGUAUAUUACUAAUAUGCAUUGCAUUAGAAAUGAAAUGUAUAUACCAAUUUAAACAAAACAAAAAAAAAAAUUCUAAAAGAAUGGCUGCUCCCGCCCUCAAAACCGAGGGACUUAGAAAUAUAUAUACACGACCAACCAGAUAAAUCGGGAAAGAAGAAACAAAAAUGAGACACUUAGGCCUCCAUAUAUAGUGCGCACUCACCAGAACUGGAGGAACACAUCUAACUUGCAUGCUCGUGACAUUUGCAUUGUUGAUUACUACCGUUUAAUUUUUUUAAUUAUUAUUUUUAUUAUGAGAUAUAUAUAAUAUAUAUUUAUGUAUUGCUUCGCUCGCCGUGAGCGAAAUUCUCAACAGACCAGGUCUUUUUUAAGCAAACGACCGUUCCGCCCGAAUAAUUGUUAAUUGUUAAUAAUUAAUUUUGUUACAAGUUGAACGAAUACAUAGUUGAUCAUUUAACAGACGUAAAUAGAAGAAAUAUUUCAUAUAAGCUAUUUUGUAUACACUGUUUUUUUACAUUGUAUAAUCUAUAUAUAUAAUAAUAGUUUUUUAUAUAUUAUUAAUAAAGAACAUAAAACGGGAUAAUAGCUCUAUAAUAGAUUAAACUAACUAAUAAUAUAAACAGACAAUUCAGCUCAGGUUUCAGUAAUUACUUACCUCAGGUUAGUUCGCAGGCCACAAACCAAAACGGAACGUCUUUUGCUAUUUAUUUCUAUCAGCUAACUUUCGUUAUAAUUCUUACUUCAAACAAACGGGGCAGAUUAUAAUUACUUAUUUAGAAAAGAAAAAAAAAAAAAUUUACUGAUGAAAAUUUUGUUUUCAAACAAAAGAAAGGGAUAAUAUACGGCUGAGAAAUAACAGAUGGGACAUUUUUGUAGAUGCUGUUUUCUGAAAUGAGAAAUUUUGUCUUUUCAAUCGAUUACCUGGGUGAUUAAAUUUAAGGAAUCGGACAUCCAAUUUUGCACGACCCUUAAAAAUUCAUACUCCCUUAAAAUGCCUUAAAUGAAAAGACGUUUUAUAGAGGAAGCGAACCGCCACAAGCAUCCCUCACAAACCUUCACAUCCCAUAACUAUAGAAUAUAUUUAUUAAUUAUAAUUACACUUUAUUAUAGAUAUAAAUAUAUGUAUAUAUACAUACUUGUGUAUGUAUAUUUAUAUAUAAAAGCUUGCAAAACACUCAGGGCUAUUGACUGACAAAGAAAACAUUCUUCUUUUUUUUUUCUCCAAUUAAUUUUAUUUACAGAUACUAAGGAUGUCGUUUUCAUUUUCGCCAAUAUAUAUCAGAUAUACGAUAUACAUAUAUAUAUUAUGCAAAGAUUAAUAUUUUUAGCAGAUUGUUUUUCUGUUUCAUUUUUUUUUUUUUUUUUUUAAUAUGAUAUGGAUUGUUCCGAUGUAUGUUGCGUUUUGUAACGCACAGGAACCAUUUAUUUUGUUAUUGUAACGAAGGGCAUUCUACAGAAAUAUAUUACAUUUGAAUUAUUAAUGUUGAGAACAAAAAGAAUGUUAUAGUUGCAUGGAUUCAUUCUUUUCAUUUUAUUUUACAAAGUUUGUUGCUUAUUUUUAAAGUAAGGUAGAUCCUUUUGAAAGAGGAAUAUCAAGUUGAUUCUUAUUUUUCUUUUUAUUAAUAGUAAAUAUAAGUUUUUUUAAAAAUAUAAAUAUUAUUCACAUAUUACUUUUUCAGUAUAGGUAUAUUAUAUAUUAUGAGAAAAAAAAAACACUGAAAAAAUGUGUGUUGAUUUUGAUGCAAACAAUUAUACAUAACCAUAUUUACUGUAUUGUUAUGCUUAGGAAAAUUAAAAAAAAAAAAAAAUUGUCUAUGCAUUAUUUUCAUUGUAUUUUCAAAAGGAAAAACUGUGGUGUAUUUUCUUUUGUUUUGUAUUAAUAAAUAGUGUUACUGUUUAAGGCUUUUGAUAUUUAGAAGUUUUUGUUUUUACUAUUGGUUCUGGAGGAGCUUAUAUUGUCAAAUAGAAUUCUGCUCCGAAAUUUUAGGGCAUUCUCUAUUUUCAAUUGGAUUAUUAUAAUUUUUAUUAUAUAGUUUACUUUUUGUCAGGUGAAUAACAGUGUUUGAUAUAUAUAUAUAUAUAUAUAUUAUAUGCGUAAUUUAAUUUUUUUUUUUUGUUUCAUUAUAAUAGUACACUUUCUCUUGUAAUUUUUUUAUUAGGUCUCCGAAUGACAGUAGGUUAUAAAAAUAAUACAUUUGAAAAGAGUUUAGGGACAGGUCACUUAAAAUAUUAGUACAAAGGAUGUAUAUAAAACAAAAAAAAAAAACAAAAACCUAAAAAAAAAAAAGCUUUUGCCCAUAUGUUUAUAUAAUAUAUAUAUAUGUUACUAUUUUAUUUAUUUUAUUUUUUCUAAGUACAACCGUGCAUUUUUCUGUUUUUAACAUUGUUUGAGGGGAGGUCUUCGAUCGGUGAUCAGCCCGGUUAUCAGUACACGCAGCGGGUGGGUAGUCGGCAAAUAUCAUACCCACAAAAUUAUAUUAUUAUUAGUGAAGGUGCCUUAUAUUGUAACUUAAACGGAUCGGUGUUUUCGGCAUUCUCUAUGGUCACUUUGCCGACUACUCGCUGAGCCUGCGUACAUCAUAGCCUUUAUUAUCAUUGUUAAAAUAAGUUGAAUUUUUGAGGUUUAUAUACAGUUGUUAGUUAAUGUAAUAGUAGCUAUUUUAAGAAUUGUACAAGACUGAUAAUCGUUUGUUCUUUAUAAUAUGAUUAACACAUAUGAAUUGUUUUUCAUUUUUAUUUUUUAAUAUAAAACCGGGCAUUUGAUAUAAUGUUAAUAUUCACUGAGACCUCCUCUCCGUUUUCUGUUAAAUAACAUUUCCCUUAUUAUAUAUGGUGUAUGCUUAUUAGUUUUCUGUUCUUUUAAAGAGUAUCUUUAUUGAGUAUCAUGCAAAACGUUAAUAAUACAAUAAACAUUAAUUUUCUUUAAAAAUUAAAAAAAAAGUUUAAUGUAAGGUUAUGUAAUAAUAAUAAUAAUAAUAAUGAUAAAAUAAUAAUAUAAUGGUUAUUUGAAAAAUAUAAAAAAAACAGAAUAAUUGUGUGAUGCAGAUUUAUUUUCUUUUGUGUGUGUCCGCUCUGGAGAAAAUAGAAUUAAUUAUUUAAAUUUAUGUAUCGGAAAAAAGGAAAGAUUUUUUAAAAAUGGGGGAAAAUUUGCAAACAAGACAAUUUUUGAAAUAUGAAUAAAAGAAUAGUAAUCAAUUGUAAGGUGUGGUACUCCGCUUUGCAGUUUUUCUUCAUUUUUUUGUUUUGUCCUUUUUUCAAACUAAAAAAAUCUGUAAUAAUAAUAAUGAUAUUAAUCGUAAAAAGCUUUUUUUUUGUUUUUCCAUAAAAAAAGGGAAACAGUGUGUGUGAAGCAAUUUUCCGUUUGGGAAGUGUUAUAGCGUAGUUCGGGAAUAAAAAAAACUGAGUUAUCCAAAAAUAUGUAUAAUGAAGACCUUUUCUUUAUUUCUUCCGUUAAGAAAAAGGCACGUGUAAAAAAAAAGUAAAAAAAUAACCGUUGUUCGGUCCCUCCGUAUAAAACAGGCGUUUAAAACUACACUAUUAAAUAUAAUGGAGGCGCACGCGGUAUUAAUAGUUUACAUAUGUACCGAUUAAAACACGGUCUAUUAAGGUAUUGAGAUAAUCAGUUUUUUAAUGUGAUCACCGCCUGAUGUUUUAUGUUUAUAAUUCGUCAGGUGGUGGUCUGUGCAAGCAUUGCAGUCUCCUUUUUCUACCAUGGAAAUAAAUUAUUCUAGUUAAAAG